CCUGUUUCCUCUAUUCUAGACAUACACCCAUUUCCUCCUUCUUGUUUAUCACUCUCUUUCUCACUCCCUCUUCCUCUCAGUCUUCUUUUGUGUUGAAAUUUGUCCAUGCCGAAACUGUUGUGAAGUCGCUGGCUUUAGACGCAUGCCGCAGCCGAGACCCUCUUGUCGUUCUGUGGGGACCGCAGGUCACAUAAGAAUCCAACACAAGCGAAACUUCUUACAGACGUUUCCUGUUUUGCUGUUGGAAUCCAGCAGUUCUUUGCAGAGGAAGACCCCUGAUUGGAACAAGCUAGGCCGGCUCUCCUGUUGUCACGGUUUCCGGGUUUGGAUGAGCCUGCUGUUGUGCUGAGACAGAGCGCUGUGAGGCAGCGCUGCCCCCACCCACCAAACAACAGACCCUAACCCCCACCCCACCCGACCGGGCCAUGCCGCCCCCGGCAGACAUCGUGAAGGUGGCCAUCGAGUGGCCGGACGCCUUCCCCAAGCUCAUGGAGAUCGACCAGAAAAAACCUCUCUCGGCAAUCAUCAAAGAGGUGUGCGAGGGAUGGUCUUUGGGCAGCCACGAACACUUCGCUCUGCAGCUCGCCGACGGCACAAGAUACUACAUCACCGAGAAGAAUCGCAACGACAUCAAGAAUGGGUCCAUCCUACGCCUGACCACUUCUCCAUCGCUGAGCGCCUCCCAGCUGCACGAGCGCAUCCAGUCGUCCAGCAUGGACGCCAAGCUAGAGGCUCUGAAGGACCUGGCCAGUGCGUCCCGGGACAUCACCUUCGCCCAGGAGUUCAUCAACCUGGACGGCAUCUCUCUGCUCACCCAGAUGGUGGAGAGCGGCACCGAGCGCUAUCAGAAACUACAGAAGAUAAUGAAGCCCUGCUUCGGAGACCUGCUGUCCUUCACACUGACAGCGUUCGUGGAGCUGAUGGACCAUGGCAUCGUCUCUUGGGACACCUUCUCUGUGGCCUUCAUCAAGAAGAUCGCCAGCUACGUGAACAAGUCAGCGAUGGACGCGGCGGUGCUGCAGCGAUCGCUGGCCAUCCUGGAGUCCAUGGUGCUGAACAGCCAGGACCUCUACCAGAAGGUGGCGCAAGAGAUCACCAUCGGACAGCUCAUCCCACACCUGCAGUGCACCGACCAGGACAUCCAGACGUACACGGUGGCGGUCAUCAACGCCCUGUUCCUCAAAGCGCCCGAGGAGAAGAGACAGUGUGAUGAGCACAAUGUGGACAUCCUUAGUUGUCCCCUGACCGAGAUGGCCCAUAUUCUCGCCCAGAAGCAGCUGCGCUCCAUCAUCCUCAGUAACAUUAUCCGGAGCAACCAGCCAAUCAACGACGAGAUGGCCCACCAGCUGUACGUGCUUCAGGUCCUGACCUUUAACCUCCUGGAGGACCGCAUGAUGACCAAGAUGGACCCCCAGGACCAGGCCCAGAGGGACAUCAUCUUUGAGCUGCGGAGGAUCGCCUUCGACGUGGAAUGUGAUUCCAACAACAGCGGCAGCAUCGAGAAGCGCAAGUCCAUGUACACUCGCGACUACAAGAAGUUGGGCUUCAUUAACCAUGUGAACCCUGCAGUGGACUUCACCCAGAUACCUCCGGGCAUGCUGGCUCUGGACAACAUGCUGUAUUUUGCCAAACACCACCAAGACGCCUACAUAAGGAUGGUGCUUGAGAACAGCAGCCGGGAGGACAAGCACGAGUGUCCGUUCGGGCGGAGCAGCAUCGAGCUGACCAAGAUGCUCUGUGAGAUCCUCAGAGUGGGCGAGCUGCCAAGCGAGAACUGCCACGACUUCCACCCCAUGUUCUUCACCCACGACCGCUCCUUCGAGGAGUUCUUCUGCAUCUGCAUCCAGCUGCUGAACAAGACGUGGAAGGAGAUGCGGGCCACCAGCGAGGACUUCAACAAGGUAAUGCAGGUGGUGCGGGAGCAGAUCAUGCGAACACUCACGCACAAGCCUAACUCCCUGGACCAGUUCAAGAGUCGCCUUCAGAACAUGAGCUACACUGAGAUCCUGAAGAUACGUCAGUCAGAGAGGAUGAACCAGGAGGACUUCCAGUCCCGCCCCAUCGUAGAGCUGAGGGAGAAGAUCCAGCCUGAGAUCAUGGAGCUGAUCAAACAGCAGAGGCUCAACAGGCUGUGUGAGGGCACCUGCUUCAAGAAGACCAACAACCGCAGGAAGCCAGAUAAGUAUUGGUACUGCCGACUGUCUCCGAACCAUAAAGUCCUCCACUAUGGUGAUCUGGAGGAGAGCCCCCAGGGCGAGGUGCCGUUCGACUCUCUACAGGACAAACUGCCUGUGGUCGAAAUGAAAGCUGUCGUCACGGGCAAAGACUGCCCUCACAUGAAGGAAAAAGGAGCACUGAAGCAGAGCAAGGAGUGGUUGGAGUUAGCCUUCUCUGUCCUCUAUGAGUCAGACGAGUAUUUGAACUUCAUGGCUCCAGACAAGCAUGAGUACUGCGUGUGGACGGACGGUCUGAACGCCCUGCUGGGCAAGGAGAUGACCAGCGAAUACACCAAGGCCGACAUGGACACCCUGCUCUCCAUGGAGAUGAAGCUCCGCCUCCUGGACCUGGAGAACAUCCAGAUCCCCGAGGCCCCGCCCCCCAUUCCCAAAGAGCCUAGCAACUAUGACUUUGUUUAUGACUGUAACUAAGUACACGCCCCCGCCCCGCCCCUCCCUCCCUCCCUCCCUCCCUCCCUCCCUCUCUCCUCUCUAGUCCAACACCUGCUGUACUGGACCCGUCCACUUUGUGUCAAACUACAACAAACGCAGACGAAGGAAAAGAAGAUAACGUGAAUAAAAAGAAAAAAAGAAUCAUGUAUAGACAAACUGUGAUCGAAAAAAAAACAAUAACAAAGAAGUAUUGGACUUUUUAUCCCUUUGCUUUUUCUUUUGCUAGAAUUUUAGAAAGAAA